UGGCUCUUGGCCUGCUCCACCGUUGAUUGUGCCGAACGGAUUAACGAUUACAUGAAUGUCCGGCGGUAUCACCUCUAUCCGUAAUCCACCGCAGCCAACAUCCCUCAUCACUCGAUAAGCAACGAUCGAUCAGUAGAACAACAAUACUCACAUCAUUUAAGAUGCCUGGCCUCUUCUCGCUCCCGCCUCCUAGUGUCACCCUGGCUUUGGGCGGACUCACCACUUCCUAUGUUUUCUUCAGCAGUGUGACAGACAUGAACUGGGGUAUUGUCCCACUACUUAACGGCCGCUUUGGUGCUGUCGAUAUUGACGAAAAGAAGAGGAUCAAGAUGUGGUCCAUCUAUUUUAAGAGAGCUGCUACUGGUCUCGUUGGUGGCUCAGUUCUCUCUGCUCUUUUGAACUUCACUACGGCUUACAUUCAUCCAUCGCCUCUCACCCGCCGUAUUACUUUCAUUUCCGCAGUAACUUCACUCCUUAUCCUACCCAUUACUUUUGCCUCGGGUAUUCUGCCCAUCAAUAGCCGACUCUUUGAGAUAGCGAAGGGGGCAGAAACCACGAAGGACGACGAAGUGAAGAGCCUUGUGGAAGCGUGGGGGAAGAAGCAUCUUUUGAGAAUGCCUGCCUACACUGGUGCAUGGGUAUUGAGCUUCUUCGCACUCGUUUACGACGGCAGGAUUUAAGUAAGGAUGUAGUUCGUUAAUUUGUACCAUAUCUGUCUGUAUGACUGUAUAUUAUUGUAACUAUAUAAUAACAACUUCAUCCAAACGAC